AUGUACAUUUACAGAAGUUGUUUCCUUAUAUUCUUUCUCUGUUACAACAUCAAAGCUAUCACUGAAGAAGAUGAAGGUGUUAAGUAUGCAAACAAAUGUGAAGUUUGUAAAAUUCUUGCAACUGAGCUAGAAGGAAGGCUGAAAGAAACUGGUAAAACAAGUGAGGUAAUUGAAACUGGGUAUGCAGUGGAUGAUGUAAAACCUAAAAAGAAAAAAGAAUAUAAAAAGUCAGAAUUGAGAUUGGUAGAGUCUCUAGAGGGUGUAUGUGAUAGAAUAUUAGAAUACAACAUUCACAAAGAGAGAGAAGACAGUACAAGAUUUGCCAAAGGCAUGAGUCAAACAUUCAAGACAUUACAUGGAUUGGUUGAUAAAGGAGUCAAAGUUGAACUGGGUAUUCCAUUAGAGUUAUGGGACAAACCUAGUGCUGAGAUAACAAAUAUGAAAACACAGUGUGAAUCAUUAUUAGAAGAAAAUGAAGGUGAUAUAGAAGAUUGGUAUUUCAAUUAUCAAGGAAAAGACUCUCUUAAAAAAUACCUUUGUGAAGAUAGGGCUCUGAAAAAUCAAAAUUCCAAGUGCCUUUAUGAACAGCUAAAGGGAGAAACAGGAAGUAAGAGACCUUCAUCCAAUGAAGAAUUGUAA